AUGGCUAUCUUUUUCAAGUAUUUUUGCACACUUCUCUCCAUUACUUUGGUCAUACCUGCACUUGCCAACCCUCAAGGUGGUGGUGGUGGUUCCAUCCAACCUGGUGGUGCUGGUGGUUCCACCCAACCUGGUGGUGAUGGUGGUAGCGCCUCCUCCCAACCUGCUGGUCCUAAAGCUACCUAUUAUACCACCUCUGAUGGCUUGGGUACUCCAAGUGGAUCUUGUGGCUAUGGAGAGUUAGGAAGAACUGAAAACAACGGUGAAGUUUGCACCGCCACGAGUCGGCUUUACAAUGGCGGUGCUGGCUGUGGUGCCUGCUACCAGGUAAGGUGCAAGAACAAAGACCUGUGCAGUGAAGAGGGAACUAAGGUGGUAGUCACAAACUCUGGAGAAGGCCCUGCAACUGACUUCAUUCUCAGCUACACCGCCUACGCUAAAUUGGCCAAGUACCCGGCUGUGGCGGCCCAGCUCUUCGCGCAAGGCAUUGUCGACAUUGAGUACCGCAGAGUUUCCUGCAAAUUUGGUGCCAACCUCAUGAUUAGGAUCCAGGAACACAGCAAGUUCCCUAGCUUCUUGUCCAUUGUCGUCAUGAACCAGGGCGGCGCAACUGACAUCCUCGCUGUCGAGAUCUAUGAGGAAUCGAGUCAAAAAUGGAUAUCAAUGAGGAGGGCAUAUGGAGCAGUAUGGGACUUGUCUAGCCCACCAUGUGGACGACUUAAAGUGAGGUUUCUGGUGAGUAGCAGCGACGGAACAACAGCUUGGGUGCAGUCAGACAAAGCUGCCAUUCCUGCUGACUGGAAGGCUGGGGUUACUGUUGAAACAGACAUUACACUCUCUUGAGCAACACAAGCACUCUCAGCAUCUAUCAUAGUUUAUAAUGUAAUGUAAUAAUAAAUUUAUGAAUCUCUAUGCUAUGAUCAGCCAUUGCACUUCAAAGCAUGGUUAUAUACAUGCUCUAGGCUGAAGUACUAUCGUGUGUUAUCUAAGACUCUGUGAGAAGAUAAUAAAUUUUGCAAUAUGGUGAAA